AUGCUCGCACCCUUAUCUCCGAACCCUACAAAAUCUUCCACUCUGGGCGUCCACAGCAUCUCACCAUACAUGCAAAGGCUUCGAGAGAUCGAGGCCACUGCCAAUCUUGCUAUCCUUAGGUGGAACACUGGCGGUGCCGAAUCUUCCGUCCCCGCGAAGCGAAAGAUCUCCGACGUGUCGUCUGAUAGCGAUGAUGAAGACAGCGACGACGACAAAGACCCUUCGGCGGUGCCCCCCUACGACCCAGCUCAACAGCGCCGUCCGAAGUUACCCAUCUACCACCCCGGCUUCCAGCAAGCUGAAGAAGACAUCCAAAAGAUCUUGCGUGUGUUCACAGACUUCCUGAAAGCUGCCGAAAACCGUGGGGUCGCUGGUGAAGAAGCUACCUAUCUAUGGAACGAGAUAAUCAAGAGUCGUAACAUUUCGUAUCAACCCGAGAUCCGUAUUGCUGUGACUGGGGACACUGGAUCAGGAAAAUCUGCGUUUACCAACAGUCUUCUCGGCGAAGACCUGACACUUGAGGGCGACGGUGGUGCAGCAGUUACGAACGUCGUGACAGAGUUUCGAAAGAAGACUUUGUCUACAAACAUCGGCGCAGUCCAAGCUGAAGUCCAGUUCUACUGUCUAGAAUACUGUAUGGACGACCUUGUUAUGAAUUGGUACAAGACAUGGUUCAACAUCAAGCAGAGGCUUAUCGAGGAUGAGGACAGCGUCGAUGACGAUGAUCGAGCGCGUAAAGAUGCUUCACUCGCUUGCUUGGCAGAGCUCUUCGCUUCCCGUGUCGCCUCGGAGCCUUUUGAGGACUUCAUGUCGUCAAGUAAGAGUCCAAAGAACAACAAAGCAUUGAAUAAGCUGCUACAAUGGACUGUCGACAUACAUAGCCAGUUCGUGCCCGAUGGAGAGCUUUCCGUUCCCUUCACGUCCAGUACCCACAACGACAUGCGCGAACAACUCCGUGCCUUCCGGACGCGAGCCACCAAUGCACGCUACCAAGGCAAAAUACUUCCGUUCAACCUAUGGCCUUUUGUAGAGAUAGUACGGUACUACCAUGAUAGUCCUCUAUUGCAGGAUGGUAUCUGCUUGGCUGACUUACCCGGGUCGAAAGAUGUUAAUAUGUUCCGUGUUACUGCUGCGACGGCUUAUCUUCAACAAUGUGAAAUGACAAUAGUAGUCGUUGAUAUCAAGCGUGCUACAACCGAUGAUGGUUUCCGAAAACACUAUCUCGAUGCACACAGUAGGCGGCACCACGGUAGCGUCAUCUUGGUAGCGACAAGAACGGAUGAAUUGAACGAUGGUAGCGGCAGUACCCUUGAGCUUGACGCUAUCGCGGAAGAGCAGAUUACACCCAUAGAGGAAAAGCUGAAUGACCUCUUCAACGAAUUGCAAAGCCUGGAGAAUGAGAUCGAGGCCAAAAAGCACGAGAUAAAGCGCAUCAAGCUCAGGAUUCAGCAUGCUACCGCUACCGAAGACGAGCGCAUUCAAUCUGAAACACUUCGUUCAGCAAACAAGGCCUCUUUCAGUCGCAGGAAAUCCAUAAUCACACUCAAGAAUUCUUUUGAAAAACAGCGCACGGUCGCUCGCAUUGCGUGCCGCAACAGAUUUGUGGCUGCAGGCAACUACCACCAAAAGAAGGUCAACAUCAAGCACGAUUUAAAUGCUGCACUUUUGGAACCUGCAAAGUCAACCAUCAAUGCCGCGUUCCGAAACGCACUAGAUACGGCACCCACAGCGUUCAAGGCCCAGGCGGCGCAGACGAUCAAGACCGGUAUCAACAGCUUGAACAAGCUGCUAAAAGAUGAUCCUCAAGCCUUGGCUGGAGAUGCAUACAAAUCAUGCUUUGGCAAGAACCUAGUUGAAUAUGAGAAGGGAAUUACUGUCAUGGUGGAAGCUUCACGGAAGGAACUCCGACUAGGGCUCAACGAAAUACACCAGAAGGCCGUCAAGUCUGGAGAGACAUGCUACAUGCAUGAAGCCAUAACGGACAUCUACGACAAGGCUCUCCUGGAAAGGCCUGGUAAAGGCCAGACGCUGAAACAUGUCCGCCACGCCUAUCUCGAAGACAAAAUUCCUGGUCUCGACGGUCCUCUCUCCGCGAUCGCUGAGUGGAUUGAAGAAGAUGUGAAGAAGCUCAUCGAAAACACCUGUGACAAGCUGCGUAAAGAAGCCGUCGAGAUUCUCAAGAUCAUUCGAGCCGCUUUCCAGCGCCAGAAGAAUCAGAAGGAACAGGACACACAUAAGGGCCAGCAGUUCCGCAAGGAGUUGCACGAGCUGGUUGCUGAGGCGCGGAGGGUUCUUGAUGGGGUUGUGAGGCAGAGUCUGGAAAAGUGCAAGGAGCAUAAGUGA